ACGCGACGUCCCAGGGGAUUCGCAUAUGUUCAAUAUCCUUUCUUCUCUCAACUGGGUUAUGAGGGAAAAUUUCGUUAAAGAUUGUGUGAGAGAAUUGUAAAGCUGUACAUUAAAGGCGAAACCACAGAGAAAGCAUGAAAAGAACUUUUAGAGUAGAGACAAGUAGACAAAGCAAAGAUCCCUUAAUGAUCAGGCUUGAAGAAUAAAAGGGAAAUUGGGAAAAGAAAAGCUGGAAGGACAAGCCAAAUAGGAGUCAAAGCUUCGCUUAAUUCACAAAAGUGGGAAAGUUAUAUUUGAAAGUUAAAGAUAAAAGCAUGAAGCCCCUCCUGACACGUCCUUCUGACAAGCUCUUAGAAAUAAAAGGUCAAGAUGUCGUUGAAUGGUGACCAAGAUUACAGGAGACUAUAUGUCCGUGAUGCUGAAGAUGCUUUGCAUAACCUGGACAGAAGAUGGAUUUGUGGACGUCAGAUUGAAAUUCAGUUUGCACAGGGAGACAGGAAAACACCCAAUCAAAUGAAAACCAAGGAGGGGCGGAGCUCCUAUGGUUCUUCACGUUAUGAUGAUGAUGACAGAUCCAGACGCUCUAGAAGCCGCAGUUAUGAGAGGCGAAGAUCCAGGAGUCGAUCUUAUGACCAGAACAAUGAGAGAUCCUACAGUCCUAAAGGAAGAUCUGAUGGACCACGCCGUAGCAGAAGCCGAUCACAUCGUGGCAGAUUUAAUCGGCGGCAGAGAUCACAAUCAAGGUCCAACAGUAGGUCUCACUCCAAAUCGCAGCCAAGAGAGGAAAAAAAAGAGAGGCGUUCUGAGUCUAGAUCGCAUUCAAAAUCUAAAGCAGAUGGCAAACACAAAACAAGUUCUAGAGUGAGCAGGGAGACGAGAAAAGAAGAACAUGAAAGAUCAAAGUCUCCAUCCCACUCAGCGUCCAAGUCACGGUCAAAGUCAAGAUCCCGAUCUUGGAAUAGUCAUAAAUCCAGUGGUCAUUAAUGCUUUUUCCCCCUGAGCAGUUUUAUCCAUAGAAAUGUGAAGGGUUUCUUCUUUUUUUUUGUUUUUUGUUUUUAUAUGAAUUUUGUUAGUGCUACACCUAAUUUUAUGUCUGACAACAAAUGAUCAAAGUAUUUUAGGCCAUCAGUCAAAUUAAGCAAUUACCUAACUAAUGCAAACAGUCUGGUUCUUUUAGAUAGGGCCUUUUAAACUUUUUAUACAGCGGUCAAGUUCAAGGUGUGAUGCCUGGAGUUCAUCUAACUGUAUGGCGCUGAAGAUGUUCUAAGGCCUUACAAGUUUCUCAGUUUGCUAGUAACUAUGCUAGUUUGCUAGUACUUGAACUGAAAAGAUUCUACAACUUUGCAAUUUGGGGCUUCUAACCUUUUCCUGCCUUGCAUUUAUAAAGGGAAAUUAUGUAUUUUCAAAGCUGCAGAAAGACUUGUAUUUUGCUUUAUGCAUUGGCAAUCCACAAACAUCUUUGUUAAAUUGAAGCUGUAUAUUUUACAGCAAGUUUGGGGCAGGAAACCAUUUGCUUUGUCAUUUGUAAUUUACAUUUUGAGAGCCUAUUUUUGUGACCAACAGUAUUGAGACAGUUUUUUUAGACUGGCUAACUGAUCUAUCUUAGACACUAGUUUCAGCAUCAAUUGGGUAAGGUUUGCUUUUGUUCAAAACCUUGAUCUUUACCAUGCAAGGAAAUGUAACUGUGAUUUUAGCAGCCCCUUAACCCCCAUCAUAUACUACUUGCCCUGCUGCUGUCUGGAGUAGUGAAAAAGUUCCAGAACAAAUGGUUGGCGAGUAUUCAUGGCUGAGAACUUUCAAUUGCCAUUCACAGAAGAGGGGGGAGUGAGUCGAUAUAUAGUUAUCCUUAUAUCUUCAGAAAAGUUUUCAUACGUGGUGCCUGGUAGUUUAAAGGUGUUUUUUUUUUUUUUUUUUUUUUUUUUUAUUGUACCCAAUGCGCUCGGUUUUUCACAAAGAAUGUUUUUUUUUUUUUUGCUAACAUUCUGACAAAACAUCUGCUAGGAGUGCCCCUGAAGAACCACUGUUGGUCAGAAAUAAGUUAGUAGUUCAGUUACAGAAUGAAUGGACAUGGAGAGGUCAUCACUUGGCUUUUUGUUUGUUGGGACUCAGCGAUUUAAUUUCACUUGCUGACACUUAGUCUAAUGCAUUUUAUGUUGUGAAGUGUUGAGCCCCCUUGGGAUCUAAACAAGUUGGGAAGACCCGGGGGGCUUAAUAAGUCAGGUCUCAAAGAGUACAUUUUUGGAUUAUAGCCCACAAAUUUGUAGAUCAGCUUAGUUCUGUUGGAUUGCCCCUAUGUUCUUCAAAAGCACACUUUUACAAUCCAUUAAUUUCAUGUGUAUACUUGGGUGUAUAUUUUAUGUAUGUAUACAUUGUAAUAACAAUGUUUUGUCAAUGAAUGAUUGUGGCACACUAGUGUCCGUCCUUUAAGAAAUAAUCAAAAUAACGCCCUUUGACUCUUAUGCAUUUGCAGGCGCUUCAGGUGACCUGCGGUUUCUUGCAUUUGAAUUUUUCUGUAGGUUAUUAAAUAGUGUUUGGUUACAA